AUGUCGACGGUAGCUGCGGCAGUGAACAUCGGCAGCACCCCGAGUGUUGUUCAGUUCGUUCAAAUUGAUAGCUUGGUAAUUAUGAAGAUUGUCAAGCAUGUUGAUUCGGAGAUGUAUGCUGGUCUGAACGAUGUAGCAGGCGAAACUUGUCAAGGCCUUCUGACUGGCCUGGUGUCAACUGAGGAGCGACGCCUUGAAAUAACAAAUUGCUUUCCAACUGCUCGAGCCGAACCGGUACUUGAUGGGGACGAGAUUGGACAAACCAGUGCAGUUUAUGAGGAGCAGAAGCAGUCAGAGAUGUUGGAUAUGCUGCGAAAAUUUAGAAAUAUGAACAUCGACUAUGAGCUUGUCGGAUUUUACCAGGCACAUCCAUUCGGGGCUUGUUUUGCCCAAGAAAUGAUCGAUUCACUGAUUGACUACCAAGCCAGUGUGCCCGAUGGAGUAGUGCUCAUUUAUGAUCCAGUGAAAACUCGUCAAGGGCAGUUAAGCAUACGAGCAUAUCGUUUGUCAGCGAAAGCUUUAGAAAUGAGUUUGGAUGGCGAUUGGUCACCGGAGAGUACGCGAACAGCUGGGCUAAAUUACGAGAAUAUGCUGGAGGAAUUGCCUGUCGUUAUCAAGAACAGCCAUUUGGUGAAUGUGAUGCUCGCCGAGUCGCUGGAGAAAUGUCUUAGAUCGUUAAUGAGUAAUGUGGAUGAUCUGAAUAGAACAGUUAUGGCGUAUACGAAAUAUGUGGCUGACAAGCAGCGUCAUGAUUUAACAGUGUACAAUGCUAUGCAGAAAAGACAAGCAGAAAAUGAGCAACGAGAAGCUCGUGGAGAGCCUCCACUGUCGUUUGAUGACAUCAAAAAGAUGAAGCCGCCACAGCUAGCUGCAAAAAGUGGAAUGCUGGAAAGCUUUUUAUGUUCAUCAGAUGCAAAUGCUCAUGCCGAUUAUGCUGCUGAGGUUACUGGUGAAAAUAUUGCAAAAUUGUUUCUGGCGGAGGCAGUAGCCGGCUCUCAUCGAUAG